GGGGAAAAAAGUUUAAGAAAAAACUAAAUCAAGGAAGAGAUUCUGCAGCUCUCGUUUGGCACGUUUUUGGGGGGGUUCUCAAACCGAGGACAUAGACGGGAAAAUAAACACAAUAUUGGGCACAUUUGAACUGUUUGCUUGCCCUGUAGGAAGUAUAUGAGAGAGCAGUCAUGGAGUCGGCCAUUCAGACUAUAGUUGGUGUCUUCCUGAAGUCAGCCAAGGGGAAGGAGAGUUUGGGAGGGAAUGACUUCCAGAAGCUGGUGAAGAGCCAACUCCACAACAUCAUGAUGGACACGGACAGCUCCGAGGCGGUGAAGAAAAUGCGACAGGGACUGGACUCCAACCAGGACGGUAAAGUCAACUUCGAGGAGUACAUGGACCUGGUGGGCUACCUGGCAACCUCCCUGAGUGUGCAAUGUACUGCCGCCGUGGAGACGCCAGCCGAGAGCGCUGCCACCGCACAGGAGAUCGGGAGUACGCCAGCAGACGUAGAGGAAGAGGAGGCAGAAGCGGAGGCAGAGCCAGAGGCAGCCAAAGCUGUAGAGGAAGAGAAGGUUGAAGUGGUAGAAAAGGUGGAAGAGGCGGAAAAUGUGGAGGAGCCAGCAGCAGCCGGGGAGAAGAUAGAGGAGGCGUCAUAGGAAUUUACUACCGGUCCUGUCCGGACAUUACAAUUACACACCAACACCAAACUGAUAUACACCACACUACCCUAAUACACACUACAGUACACAAUACAACCCACCCUUGAAACAGGUGUGCUGCAAUAAUACCACAACAUUACAGUAUAUGUUGGAACCCCACAAUAACACAUUUAUUUUCAUACACACAUACAUACACCCAGUAUUUGGUCCUAAAAUACACUAGUACACACUGCAACAUACUAUUAACCUCAAUCCAAACUUUCUUGAUAUACAGUAUACUUAGUGUUACUAACAUACAUUACACUAUAAUUACUUACAUUACAGCAGUACAUGCCAUUAUAUGUUGAUAUACUUCCCACUAUAUAGCACACUAUAGCUCAUUAUAUGGAUAUUUAAUACAUUCUGCGACAUUGUGACAUUUUGACACACCCUCUGAAAUGUUGGCACAUUUCCACACAUGGAGAACUCAAUGACCUUCACAUACACUGACACACAUGCCACUAUGUGUGUCAUUGUAUGAUGCAAUACUAAAUUGAGUUAUAUUUGCAUUCCUUCGCUCUCCCUUUGCAUAUCUACAAUGACGUAAUGCAAAACUAUACUACAGUACAUUCCACAAUGUACAAAGUCAGGCCAUCUCAACUCGUUCUUCUGAGAAGGAUGCUUGGCUUAAUGGCUUUGCAUGAUGCAAGUAAGCACAGAUGCAUGGAUGCAUGCCAUAUUCUACACAGCAAAUUAUCUAAUGUUAAAUCAACACUGACAGUGUUAUAUUUAACCCUGGUCCAGUGUCUAUACGGUCCACGCUUGUCAGUGUUGAAUUAACACACUGCUUAGUGUAAAGCCUUAUUUGCAUAUUUCCCAGAGUGCCUUGCCUUUCAAGUGAUGUGCAGAGUUACCACCCAUGACUGUAUUUGUUCCUGACAGAAACAUGGUUGUUGCAUUCAUCAUUUUUAAGUCCUGUGGCCUUCACCAAGUGAAGUCCUAAGUGAAUAUGUUCUCAUUAAAAUUGAAUUAUUUAACACAAUACAACAUGUAUUCACAAGGCCUUAGUUUUACCCUAAUACAGUGACCUGAAACUCAUGGUUUAGAGGCCACAUCACGGGGCGGCAGGGUAGCCUAGUGGUUAAAGCAUUGGACUAGUAACCGAGAGGUUGCAAGUUUGAAUCCCCGACCUGACAAGGUACAAAUCUGUCGUUCUGCCCCUGAACAGGCAAUUAACUCACUGUUCCUAGGCCGUCAUUGAAAAUAAGAAUUUGUUCUUAACUGACUUGCCUAGUAAAAUAAAUAUUAAAAAACAGGCCACAUCAGGCCUGCAAGCAAAAUUAUACUUGCUUGGGGAUAUCAAACAUUUGGGAUUUUUAAUCAACCACAACUUUAACUCCUAUUGACUGCCGUGUUGAGAAGAUUAAGAUAUGACACUACCAUCUUUUUUUAUUCCUUUUUCUCCCCAAUUUCGUGGUAUCCAAUUGGUAGUUACAAUCUUGUCCCUUCGCUGUACAGACUCGGGAGAGGCGAAGGUCGAGAGCCGUGUGUCCUCCAAAACACAACCCAGCCAAGCCGCACUGCUUCUUGACACAAUGCCUGCUCAACCCAGAAGCCAGCCACACCAAUGUGUCAGAGGAAAUGCCGUACACCUCGCAACUGUGUCAGUGCACACUGCGCCCAGCCCACCACAGGAGUCGCUAGUGCACAAUGGGACAAACGGCCAAUUGUGCACCACCCCAUGGGUCUUCCGGUCACAGCCAGAGCCUGGUCUUGAACCAGGAUCUCUAGUGGCAGUGCCUUAGACCACUGUGCCACUCGGGAGGCCCUACCUAAACCAUCUUAACUGGAACAACCAUUUCAGUAACAGAUGCGAGAGUCCCAAGUAACAGAUUGGAUUACAUGCAAAAAACAUAUACAGUACCAGUCAAAGGUUUGAACACACCUACUCAUUCAAGGGUUUUUCUUGAUUUGUACUAUUUUCUACAUUGUUGAAUAAUGGUGAAUACAUCAAAACUAUGAAAUAACAGAUAUGGAAUCAUGUAGUAACCAAAAAAAGUGUUAAACAAAUCAAAAUGUAUGUUAUAUUUUAGAUUCUUCAAAGUAGCCACCCUUGUUCUUGAUGACAGUUUUAGACACUCUUGACAUUCUCUCAACCAGCUUCAUGAGGUAGUCACCUGGAAUGCUUUCCCAACAGUCUUGAAGGAGUCCCAACAUAUGCUGAACACUUGUUGGCUGCUUCUCCUUCACUCUGCGGUCCAACUCAUCCCAAACCAUCUCAAUUGGGUUGAUGUCAGGGGAUUUUGGAGGCCAGGUCAUCUGAUGCAGCACUGCAUCACUCUCCUUCUUGGUAUAUAGCCCUUACACAGCCUGUUGAAAAACAAAUGAUAGUCCCACUAAGCACAUACUAGAUGGGAUGGCGUAUCGUUGCAGAAUCCUGUGGUAGCCAUGCUGGUUCAGUGUGCCUUGAAUUCUAAAUAAAUCACUGGCAGUGUCACCAGAAAAGCACCAUCACACCUCCUCCAUGCUUCAUGGUGGGAACUACACAUACAGAGAUAAUCAAUUCACCUACUCUGCGUCUUACAAAGACACGGUGGUUGGAACCAAAAAUCUCAAAUUUUGACUAAUUUGACCAAAGGACAGAUUUCCACAGAUCUAAUGUCCAUUGCUCAUGUUUCUUGGCCCAAGAAAGUCUCUUCUUAUUAUUGGUGUCCUUUAGUACUGGUUUCUUUGCAGCAAUUUGGCAAUGAAGGCCUGAUUCACAGUCUCCUCUGAACAGUUUAUUUUGAGACGUGUCUGUUACUUGAACUCUGUGAAGCAUUUAUUUGAGCUGCAAUCUGAGGUGCAGUUAACUCUAAUGCACUUAUCUUCUGCAGCAGAGGUAACUCUGGGUCUUCCUUUCCUGUGGUAGUCCUCAUGAGAGCCAGUUUCAUCAUAGCGCUUGAUGGUUUUGCGAUUGCACUUGAAUAAACUCAAAGUUUUUGACAAUUUCUGGAUUGACUGACCUUCAUGUCUUAAUGUAAUGAUGGACUGAUUUCUCUUUGCUUAUUUCUGCUGUUUUUGCCAUUAUAUAGAUUGGUCUUUUACCAAAUAGGGCUAUCUUCUGUAUACCACCCCUACCUUGUCACAACACAAAUUAUUGGCUCAAACGUAUUAAGAAAGAAAGAAAUUCCACAUAUUGACUUUUAACAAGGCACACCUGUUAAUUGAAAUGCAUUCCAGGUGACUACCUCAUGAAGCUGGCUGAGAGAAUACCAAGACUGUGCAAAGCUGUCAUCAAGGUAAAGGGUUGCUACUUUGAAGAAUCUCACAUAUAAAAUAUAUUUUGAUUUGUUUAAAACUUUUUUGUUUACUACGUGAUUCCAUAUGUGUUAUUUCAAAUUAAAAAUAGUACAAAUCUAGAAAAACCCUUGAAUGAGUAGGUGUUUCCAAACUUUUUACUGGUACUGUUUAUUGAAACAAUUCUAAAACUCUACCUGCAAUAGAGCAUGCUGGGAAAUAUGAUAAUGAUGUGCUUGGUUUCAGUUUAACACUGGUUAUUAAAACCAACACUGGGAUUCUUGUACACUAAUGAGUGUUGCUGUAAUGCUUACAGAGUGAAUUUUAAGUUCUCUCUCUCUCUCUCUCUCUCUCUCUCGUUGUUCUCUUCCAUUGCAACUCUGUCAUUGAAAUGAAGCUCUGGCAUGUCAUGACAAUAAACAAAUUGUGUUGCUGGGGUUCUUACUUAGUU